AAGGAAAAUUAAACCCCGCUCAUCACGUGACACGUCACGCUUCACCUAAUUGAUUUCUCCAUCUCCACCCUUUAAAUAACCUCACAAUGCCCUUUUCUCUCUGCGCUAAAUCUCACUAUUAAACCUUCUGCUUAGCUUAAAAAAUCUUGAAUCUGCACUCUCCUACUUCCCUCGUUAUCGUCAAUGGCUUCGGACAAGAAGAUUAAGAUCGGGAUUAACGGAUUUGGAAGAAUCGGACGUUUGGUUGCCAGAGUUGCUCUUCAGAGGAACGAUGUUGAACUCGUCGCCGUUAACGAUCCCUUCAUUUCCACCGAUUACAUGACAUACAUGUUCAAAUACGACAGCGUUCACGGUCAAUGGAAGCACCAUGAUCUUAAGGUCAAAGACUCUAAAACCCUCCUCUUCGGCGAAAAACCCGUCACUGUUUUCGGAAUCAGGAACCCUGAGGAGAUUCCAUGGGCUGAAGCCGGGGCUGAGUUCGUUGUUGAGUCAACUGGAGUGUUCACUGACAAAGACAAGGCUGCUGCUCACUUGAAGGGUGGUGCUAAGAAAGUUGUGAUCUCUGCCCCUAGCAAAGAUGCACCCAUGUUUGUAAUGGGUGUAAACGAGAAAGACUACAAGCCAGAGCUUGACAUUGUUUCCAAUGCUAGCUGCACUACCAAUUGUCUUGCUCCCCUUGCUAAGGUUAUCCAUGACCGAUUUGGAAUCGUUGAGGGUCUCAUGACUACCGUUCAUGCCAUUACUGCAACACAAAAGACCGUCGAUGGACCAUCAAUGAAGGACUGGAGAGGUGGUAGAGCCGCUUCCUUCAACAUCAUUCCUAGCAGCACCGGUGCUGCCAAGGCUGUUGGAAAGGUUCUUCCUGCCCUCAAUGGCAAACUGACUGGAAUGUCAUUCCGAGUUCCUACCGUCGAUGUAUCAGUCGUGGAUCUCACCGUUAGGCUUGAGAAAUCUGCAUCUUAUGAUGAGAUCAAAGCUGCUAUCAGGGAAGAGUCUGAGGGCAAGCUUAAGGGCAUUUUGGGUUACGUUGAGGAAGAUGUUGUGUCCACUGACUUCGUUGGUGACAGCAGGUCGAGCAUAUUUGAUGCCAAGGCUGGUAUUGCUCUAAACAAGAACUUUGUGAAGCUUGUUUCCUGGUACGACAACGAAUGGGGUUACAGUUCUCGUGUGAUUGAUUUGAUCGUUCACAUGGCAUCCACCAAAGCAUGUUGAAGUUUUUUUUGAAGGCCAGUGAAGAAGUUGUGUUUCUGGUUUAAAGAAUAUGAGGUGUUUGAGAGAAGCUUCUUGUUAUAUGGAAUAAAAAACCCAAUGAUUUUACCCCUUCUUGAAUGUUUACAUUUCUGCGGUUUUGAAGGUGUAGUGAACAAGUUUACCAGUUUGAUGUUAUGAAGUAAAAUGGUGUUUAUACAUCAAUCAAA